AAUCACACACUGUGUGUGAAGAAGAAGAAGAAGAAGAACACAAAAUCCUCAGGAGAGAAAUGCUAAGUUUGAAUCUCUCCGAGUCGCUUCGCAUUCCAUUCCAAAACCCUAGGCCUCCCAAAUCCGAUUCGUCUUCUUCUUCUUCUCCUCCUUCCUCAUCGUCGAGGAGAUGCGUCUCCGCUUGUCCAAUUCCGAUCGGGUUUUCGGUUCGUGAUCGAUACUUCUCUAGAUGUUUGAGUCAAUUGCGCCGAAAUGAAUCUCAGCAGCUUGAAUUUCGAUGUUUCCGACGAAAUGAUGCCGCUUGUUACCUCGAGAAAGCUGAAUCUGAAGAAAAAGAUAGAAAUCUUGAUGUUUUGGUUGAGUCAUCGGUAGCUCACUCAAGAAGAGAGACUCUGAGGGUUCUUAAGUUCUUGGCGGUAUCAGGUUCGGUUGCAUUACUCGGCAAUGAUCCAGCUUUUGCGGCUUCGUCAAUUGCCAAUGGGACGCAGUCACUUGUCACAUCUCUUGGAGACCUUGGAGAUAUUAGCUCAGGUUUUGCUUCGGCGUUCUUGCUUAUCUUUUUCUCUGAACUUGGAGACAAGACUUUCUUCAUUGCGGCUCUUUUAGCAGCAAGGAACUCUGCUGUUACCGUAUUCGUGGGGACUUUUGGCGCCCUAGGGAUAAUGACGAUUAUAUCUGUAGUGCUUGGACGUACUUUCCACUACGUCGAUGAAGUUCUUCCAUUCAGGUUUGGUGAAACCGAUUUGCCUAUAGAUGAUAUUGCAGCAGUUUGUCUUCUGGUUUACUUCGGUGUUUCAACGUUAUUAGACGCUGUUUCAGACGAGGGUAAAGCUGAAGAAGAACAGAAAGAAGCAGAACUAGCGGUUUCAGAGCUUUCAGGUAGUGGAGCCGGGAUAGUAGCAGCCGCGAACACUAUCAUCAGCACUUUCGCAUUGGUUUUUGUUGCGGAAUGGGGUGACAAAUCCUUCUUCUCAACAAUUGCUCUUGCGGCUGCAUCAUCGCCAUUGGGUGUCAUCGCUGGAGCAUUGGCGGGUCACGGUGCUGCGACUCUGCUUGCGGUAUUGGGAGGUUCUUUGCUCGGAAAUUUCUUAUCAGAGAAGGCUAUUGCUUAUGUCGGAGGAGUUCUGUUUCUCGUGUUUGCUGCUGUGACGGUGGCUGAGAUCGUUACGUAAGUACCGAAAAAUAUUUUUUCUUUGCCUUCUUGUAUAAACAAAUUCAAGUUUAAUUU